CCGGGGGCGGAGCGCGGGGCGGCCGGCUGCUCCGGGCUCCCGGCUCCCGGCUCCCGGCUUGCCGCCCCGGCUCCGGCCCUGCACCUGUGACUGUCGCGGCGCUCGCCCUCCCCGCCCCGCGCCCGCAGCCCCAUGGCCCCGUCCCGCCUGCAGCUCGGCCUCCGCGCCGCCUACUCCGGCCUCAGCUCCGCGGCCGGCUUCUCCAUCUUCCUCGUCUGGACCGUGGUGUACAGACAGCCGGGGACGGCGGCCAUGGGGGGGCUCGCAGGUGUGCUGGCGCUGUGGGUGCUGGUGACGCACGUGAUGUACAUGCAGGAUUACUGGAGGACCUGGCUCAAGGGACUGCGUGGCUUCUUCUUCGUGGGCGUCCUCUUCUCGGCAGUGUCCGUUGCCACCUUCUGCACCUUCCUUGUGCUGGCUGUCACCCGACACCAGAGCCUCAUGGACCCCAACAGCUACUACCUCUCCUGUGUCUGGAGCUUCAUUUCCUUCAAGUGGGCCUUCCUGCUCAGCCUUUAUGCCCACCGCUACCGGGCUGACUUCGCCGACAUCAGCAUCCUCAGUGAUUUCUGACCCACGGGGUGAGGCUUCUAUACCCUGGGGGUCCUCAGGACCUGGACUCAGACUCUGAGACACUGGGCAGGCCUGCCGCACCCCCUGGACACCCUGGAUCUGCGGCAGAAGAAACACUGCAAGACGACUGCAUUCCCCCAGGAAGCUGUCCUGUCCCCUUUGCGGGACACCUGGGUGCGGUGGAAAGGGGUCCUUCCUGCCAUGUUGCUCCUCAUCGGCCUGGCUGGAGGGCAGCUUUAGACCUUUACAGAUGGAUCUAUUUUCUUAGCACUCGGUGAGGAAUCUUCGUAAGCAGGGCCAGGGCAGUGAGUCGUGGGAUAGGGCAGUGAGCCUUGGGGCUCUGCCUGGGGGCACUCUCCCUCAGGCCAGGCUGAGAACCUGGGAGUCAAGUCAAGUAAGGGGUCUCUACGGGAGACCUCCCAACCCCAACCCCAGCCCCCCAUCCUGUUGUCCUUUGAGAGUCAGGUAGUUUAACCCAUCAGUCCCAGGGAUGGCAACACUUGGUUCUCUUUGCCCAAGGCCUGGGGACCUGAGUGGAGAGUUGACUGUCCCUCUCCUGGCCCAGGGCUGGUAUCCUAGGAGUGUGCUGGAGCCAGUCAUCUCCUUCACCACACCACAUACUCCGAAGCAGGACUCCCUGAACAAGGCCAAACUAGGUGUCUGGGGAAGGUACCCUGCCCCCAGAAGGGCUCCAGGGAAGGGGCAGCAUGACGCAGGCUGGAGGGAGCCCCGUAGAUCUGUGCCCAUGCACCCAUAGCCCUGUAUUUCCAUCACUUCUCACAUGUGUCACCCCUGGCCACGAGACAGUCCUCUACUCCCCCACUCACUGCCCUUUGCCUAGAGCUCUCGUCUUUGAAAAUCUCCCUUCUGAAGGACAAAAUCUGCUUUUCUGCCUAUACACAGGCACAAGGGCUCACUAACUCAGGAGGGAACUAUUGUUACAUACACCUUUUUACGUUAGGUUGCCAUUUUGCACGGUCUGCCCUUUUCCCCCGAUAUGUCCUGCCCUUCAGCUGUUUUGCCUUAUCUGUGUCACUGUCACUUUAGCAGAAAUACAGCGGCCAUUUGUACCCAA